UCAUUUCUGUCCUUCCCGCCACGUUAUCCCUCCCUCCUCCCACCCAUGCCUCCUCCUCCCUCCCUUCCCCUACCCGUUAGUAGAGGCACUAGGAAGAGUUAGCGGGAGUCUUCAUAAGAAAAGAGCAAACUUUUGCGCGAACUAUGGCAAAAAAGUUGCUCCUGGUUGAUGUGGAUUGUGGAGUCGAUGAUGCACAGGCCUUGAUGGUAGCCUUGGCAGCCCCUAAUGUGGAGAUUCUUGGCAUCACCUGCUGUCAUGGGAACUCAACCAUAGAAAAUGUCUGCCAGAAUGUAUUGCGUGUCUUGCAUGUCUGUGAUAGAAUGGAGAUCCCUGUAUAUAAAGGGGCAAGUAAGCCUUUGCUAGGAAACUGCUUGCAUGCAGACCCGUACCAUGGUAAAGAUGGCCUGGGGGAUGUACCCGAUCCAGGUGCUCCUGGUCUUGAACUGCUGCAAAAGGAGCAUGCAGUCUUGGCAAUGCUAAGGAUAGCCAGUGAACAUGCUGGCCAGGUAUCCCUGGUUGCCACAGGCCCCCUGACUAAUUUGGCUCUAGCUGUGAACAUGGACCCGAACUUUCCAAAGAAGAUCAAAAAUCUUUUUAUUAUGGGAGGCAACAUGGAGUCCAGAGGAAAUGUCACUGUUUGCGGGGAAUUUAAUUUUGCAUGUGACCCAGAAGCAGCCUAUGUUGUCCUGAAUGCCUUUGACUGUCCUACUUACAUUGCCACUUGGGAAUUCACUUACAAGAACUACCUUCCUUGGACAUUCCAUGAUGAGUGGAUAAUGCAAGGCACUAGGAAGUCAGAGUUUAUGAGGAAGAUCUCAGCUCAUUCUGCAAAGUACACAGAAGAAUGCAAUAGUAAUCCUGGGGAGGUUUGGACGGCAGGGUUUGUGUCUUGUGAUUCCUAUGCUAUGGCUGCUGCUAUUGAUGAGAGCUUUGUCACUGGUUCCAUACAUUGUGGCAUCAGUGUGGAGCUAAAUGGGGCCUUGACCCGUGGGAUGAUGGUACUGGAUACAACAGACAAGCUAAAGAAGAAGAACAAAGUCUUUGUCUUGACAAAAUGUGACCUGGAAAAACUGAAAUGCCUGAUGAUGGCAGCAUUAAAGUAAUAAACGUCCCUUUAAGAACACUAAUAUAGAAAAAGUAGUACAGUAUGGAAAAAGGCAGCUUUUAGGAUUGCCCAGAAUUUAAUACUGCUCAUUCUGUUUUACUAUUAAUACUACUGUAGUAGAGUUAGUACUUCAGUCUUAGAAUCUUCUUAAUUUGUUUUUACUUUGAUGCUCUUUAUGUGGUUUUACUGAAAGGCCAAAAUAACAAUAGGGCUUAAAGUAAAUUAGUUUAUACCUGUCGCAGA